AGUAAUGAGUACAGAAGUGUAUGUAAUAUCAAGAUUAUUCUGGUUCUAGUCAUGUUUUCAAGACAAUGGCUUUUGUUCCUACCAAAAAUUUAUCCAAGGAUUAUUUAGGAAACGGACAUUUAUACGUAAGCUGACAUUUCAGCAGCAAACUCUUUAAAAUAGAUAAAAAAUGGAAGGAGGAACGACUGUGUUGACGUGCUGGAUGUUCGCUUGUUUGAUUUUCUGUAUUAAUGGUCUUACACCAGGUUGUGAAUAUGUUCACCUAACUUUGACCUGUUCCGGACCUAACAUGACUGACGUACCAGAAAAUAUCUUUGCAAAUACAACUGAAAUUAAAAUAAAGCAUGCCGAUAUCAAAACACUGAACACUUCUGCUUUCAGUCAAACCAAGAAACUUCAUGGAUUAAUUGUAGAACACAGUGGGGUCACUGACCUAGUGGAUGAAGCUUUCGCUGACCUGAAAUUCUUAGAUAUGAUUUCGCUAAAAGGAAAUAAGCUCAUUACCCUUCAAAAUGGCAUUUUCUCCAAUCUGACUUUACUGAAGGUGCUGCGACUUAGUGAGAAUUCGCUUGUAUCAGUAGAUGGAAUAUUUGACGGUCUUACAAAUUUGGAAAAAUUAAGUCUAAAUGAUAAUCAGAUUGUCACCAUAGCAACGGACACCUUUAGAGACCUCACAAGCCUACAUCACCUAGAACUGAACAACAAUAAAAUUAAAGAAAUUCAGCCACGAGCAUUUGAGAACAUGAAAAUGCUAAUGCUUCUGGGACUAGGAGAUAAUCCUAUAAGAUCUGUUGACAAUAUCUUCCCCAGUGAUAUGAUGCUGCAGUACCUAAACCAAACAGCUUGCGAACUCUCAACAUUUCCGAGUGACCUUCCAUCAUCACUGAAAUAUCUUAAACUCACGAAAAACAAGAUCAGACGAAUUUCGAAAUCUGACACGCAGAGAUAUUCAGACCUGAAUGCACUGAUUUUAGAGGACAAUGCUUUGGGGUACAUUGAACCUGGGUCAUUUUCUUCAAUGACUUCUCUCACAGACAUUUUCCUUUUUGUGAACCAUCUAGAACAUAUUCCUGGUCCGUUCCCAGCCAGCAUCAAGAGCAUACACCUUGAUAACAACCGGAUUGAAUCGAUUCCUCCUGACAUCUUCCAAAAUGGAACUAAACUUAAUAUUCUCUCACUUCGUAUAAAUAACAUUACUUCUAUUCACACAAAUGCCUUCCAAAAUAUAGAAUCAAUUCAAGAAUUACAUCUCGAAAGGAACACGCUAUCUAUUUUACAUGAUGAAACAUUCAAAUUCGCUUUGGGACUGAAGUAUCUAAAUUUAAACCAUCUGACACUGACAGCGGUUUACCCCGACUGUUUUUCCAAUCUGAACUCUUUGACUAAACUAAAAAUGUCAUUUGUGCGCGUCUCAAAGGAUCAAGUGUAUGGAAAUAUAUUCCGAAAUUUGCCGAUGCUUGAAGAACUGCAGCUACAGGAGAGUCCAACACUGGCUGAAAUUUUUAUCACCAAUCUUAUCAUAGAAAGGAAAAAGGUGAAAACUAUUACACAGUUGAACCUUGAAGAUAAUGGACUGGAAACAUUAAGUUCUGAUGUACAAAAGUACUUACCUAACAUACAGAAGCUUUCAUUACGAGGAAACAAGUUUCACUGCAAUGCUAAUAUACUAUGGCUGCGAAUCUGGCAUAAUAUUGAACCAGACAAACUUCACAAAUUCGAUCAAGUUCGCUGCUAUCUACCGCGACAUCUUCAAGGUCAACGAAUUGAAGAUGUCCAAAUUGGGCAGUUUAACGAUCAGACCAGUUCUGAAAAUGACAACCUUGACACCGUUUCUCAUCCUUACCACAUUCCUACUGACGAUCCAUUCCAAACGACAACUGAACAAGCGUACUACUUUCAUUAUCCAGAUUACGACUAUGAAUAUCUUUAUCAGUACGACUACUCAAAUGGCUCUACCGUACAGAGUAUUUCAAAUCAUCCGAUCCCGGCACUAACUUUCCAAACAACAACACCCUUGUCCGAGGACGACAGAAAAACAGUAAAUUCAAAUAACACUGUUGAGACAUACAACCAUUCAAAUAACUCUACAAUAAAAAGUAUUUCAAAUCAUUCAAGACAGGCAACAAUUUUCAAAACAGCAACACCCUUGUCUGAUGAUGGAAAACAAACAGAAAAUCCCAACAUCAAAGACAAUGAAAACCAUGAUAUAGGACACACGGGUAAACCACCAGCUAAAAACAAUGGAGGAAAUUCAUCCAGUUUGAAAACUGUCGGGAUAGCAUUUGGUAUGGCGUUUGGUGUAAUCAUAGUGAUGCUCUUUGGUGCUUUACUUGUAUACAAACUAUGGCAAAGAAAGCAUAAUGCCGCUAUGAAAACUGGGCGACAUCAAAAUGGAGGGCAGGAUUACGUUUUUGUUGCUGCGCAGACAGACAGACGUGACAAACCAGAACCUAAAGUUCACAGGAAAUUGUCACGGGCAGAGAGGGGAUCGACGACAUCACAUGCCAGCGAGGACAUAACAAAUUCUGAUACUGACAUGAAAGUCUACAUAAUGGAUAUAGAUGCAUAAAAUAUACUUUACUUAAUGUGAAAAAUAUUUUUACAAGAACAGCGGCAUGAUUUGAAUAAGGCUGAAGAUAUUCUUUUAAACAAGAAAAGAAAUGAAAUGACAACUGAAUGUCAAAGGCUGUUCCACAAUAUUUGAAAAUACAGAACGUUUUCUAUAUCAAACCAAUGUGAACAAAAGCCGGUGUUAGGGUUGAAUGCAGCUGAUAAAAGUUUUUCAGCAAAAGUUAUAUCUAUAAAUAAAUGUCAACAGUUCUUAUAUAUAAAACACAAUGUUGUUAAAUUAUUAAAGUGAAAUGAUUUUGACCAGUGUGAAGUUUGAGAUACAAACCGUAUCCACAGACGGUGUAGUUUGUUGUGGGAUUGAUAAAUUAUCUCAAAGAAAAGACCGAUCACACCUGUACAACUUUUUAUAGAUGGUACAUUCUAUUCACUGCUGAGAUGCAAACAUCACAUUGAUUUAACUUCUGUUCGUGGCACUUGUUCUUAAAUUUUCCAGUGUUUCUCUCAACAUGUGAAAUGUAAAAAUCUUUUUUUUUUCAUACAAGCCAAAACUGGAAUUGCAAGACUAUACGGUUACAGCAAGAAUUUUUCAGACUAUGUGACCUUUGAAAAUACCGUCAAUAGAGGAUAUUAUGAUUAACAUGCAUACAGUGAAACACCGCUCGCUCGAGCAUCGAUGACUCGAGCACCCGGGCUCGCUCGAGCAAUUCAUGAGGUCCCGGCCGAUUUCCUUCUAUUUUCUAUCUGAAAUUACCAUGGCUGGGUCGAGCAUCGAUAACUCGAUCGCUCGAGCAUGACACCUGGUCCCUGUGUAUUAAUUUACUCUUUGUUGCUUCUGGCUAACUCGAGCAGAGGUGUCAAAAUUUUUUGCAGCUUCGGCGAUCAGAUUGUAUCGGUUAAUUGAAAAUUGUGUUGUCUAUUCCCCGACUAUCUAAUGUUUGUUUGUCGGUAUAUUUGAUCUGAUAAUGAGAUUAAUUAUUGAUGAAAGGUCAAAGAAAAGUUUUAUUGAUCAAAUGUUGAUCAAUUACUGUUUGCUUUAGAUUAAAGCAAGUAGGCCUAUGUUAUUACUUAUUACAUCAUAGAUAACGUUUGUGAUACGUUUUUUUAAAUGUCACGGGUUUGUUAUUAUCAUGCAUCACUGUUUCCUCUGCAAAUGGUACCGAUGACAGUUGAUACAAUAACACUUCAAUAUUUCUUCCUAUGUUGGUCAAUGUUUGGGUCGCUCGAAACCAUGGAUAAUUCGAGCAUUUUGCUCAUCCCCUUGUGACCUCGAGCGAGCGGUGUUUCACUGUAGUAAUUUUGAAUAUGUCAUUUUCAAUGCCUUAAUAAACCUUUUUAUUAAAUUACAAAUACAUUUUCCUGCAAUUUUAAUAUUUUUGUGGCAUGUACAUAUAAUUAGCAUAUUUGUGUAAACUUUAUUUUCCUUUGUCCCCUUUUUUUUUUUUCUUGCAAUGUUACUGAUACAGAAAAGUGGCAUGUUCUUGGACCAAUAUGCAUAUGAAAAUUGAUGUACAAGGUAGAACUCUCUAAGAAGUGCAUGCUCUUUUGAUAUUGUUUUUUGUUUCAGGGUACGUUUGGUCAUAUCGAUCUCUAAGAUGAUAGUCCAGUGAGACUCACCAGACUAUAAAUCCAGAAGUUGUGUACAUAAUUAUUGUAUAUAGAGAUUUUAUAACAUUCAACAUGUUGAAAGUAUGUCUUUGUCGCAUGUACAUAUAAUUAGCAUAUUUGUAUAAAAUCCAUGGUAACUACGAAAUCUGUUAAACUUUAUUUUCCUUUGUCCCUUUUUUCUCUUGUAAACACUAGUGUUUUAUUAUUUCUGUAAAUUGUGUGGGACUGCAUUGUCAGUGCAUUUAAAUCUGCCUUAGCAGUCACCUGUUUUUAGCAGUCACUUGCCUUAAGCAGUCAAUCAGCUAACUUCACACCUUGACUUUAGGAAUAUAUAUAUAUAUGUAUAAUUUGUAUUUUGGGCUUUUUUAGAUACAUAUGACACAUUUAUUUUAACUAACAUUUUGUGAAAUCAUUAGUAUUUGUAUGGGACUAAUUUUCAUGGAUUUCAUAGUUCCGUCAGUUCACGAAAUUAAGUUCCAACCAACAACUAUACUUGUUUAUAUGAUCAAUGAAAGCUUAAAUGCACAAUAUUCCUUUCCCCACAAAAUAUCUGUUUUGACCAAAACCAUGAAAUAUCCUGAUAACAAUAUUAAUUGAUUUGACAGUAUUUUUAAUGCUUAGAUCAUAUAUGUGUAUAAUAUUGUAGUAUGUAAAAUAAAGGAGACAUUUCCACACAUGUUACAAGUAUUUGAUUUUAACCUAGGGUAUGAACUUUUGAAAGCAAAAACUUAUUUGAAAACCAAUUCUAAGUUUUGUAUUUUUCAUUAUGGUAUGAAAUACACAGACAUGUUUAAAAGUGCUUGGAGACCUGCAUAUUGGGUAUUUACACAUUACAUGUACUUUUACUAUGCAAUCAAAAAUAUAACAGACAAAUUCACGUGAAGAAUUUGUGGUUAACAGCUAACUAUUCUUGUGCAGCUAAAUAUGCGUGAAUAUGUUUGCUCUGUAUAAAUAUUAGCAGAAAUAAACUCAUUGAUUUUUG